GCCGCUAUCGUCGCUGCGCUUGCAGACAGAACUUCUGCUUAUUUUGCAAAGUGCUCGUACUUGCUACCCCGAUUCGAUCGCAACCGUUAUGUCGCUUGUAAAUUGAGUGAAAAGAUUUCAUUACUCUUAACAUUUUAUCAAUGGAAAGCGAACAUCGUGCGGAAGAAAAGACCGCGCGUGUCGUUGUGUACCGAAACGGAACAAGUCGUGAUGGCAGGGUGUUCCUGGUUCCUCGGACUUUAGACGAGCUACUGGAAGCCAUCGCUGCCAAGUUCGGAAUCCAAGCUAAACGGCUCUUUACUAGCAAAGGUGGAGAGAUCGACGAUACGUGUUUAAUAAGAGACGAAGAAACCUUGUUCGUUUCAUCCGGCGAAAGCUUCAUUGCACCAGAGUCCCUAGCCCCUGAAAAGCCAGACUGGGUAUUGCUAAACGUUGGUGGAAAGCACUUUGCCACCACAAGGAGCACAUUGGUUUCCAAAGAGCCCGAUUCUAUGCUCGGGCGUCUGUUCAGUGAAGGUGCUGAUGGAACUGUAUGGCCAAGUGCCAAGGACCGCCACGGGGCUUACUUGGUUGAUCGAAGCCCCACCUACUUUGAACCAUUGCUCAACUACCUUCGUCACGGGCAGCUUAUUCUCGAUCGAGGGGUUUCACCACGAGGUGUCUUAGAAGAAGCAAAGUUUUACGGAAUCGAAUCCGUUAUUCCAGAGCUGGAACGGAUUAGUCAGCAGAGCGAGUGCGAUCCCGGUGACAGCCUUCCACUGACAAGACAAGAUGUCAUUCGCGUCCUCACCAGAACGUCCCACUUGUCGGAACUGCGAUUUCAGGGUGUGGAUCUGUCUGGUGCUGACCUGUCCCGGCUGGACCUGCGGCACAUCAACUUCAAGUGGGCCAACCUGCGCAAGUGUCGCCUAACGUGGGCCAACCUAAGCUACUGUUGCCUCGAGCGUGCGGACCUCACUUUGGCCAACCUUGAGGGUGCACAACUGGUUGGAGCCAAAAUGAUGUGCGCCAACAUGGAGGCAGCCCACUUACGUUCUUGCAACAUGGAGGACCCUGCCGGGAACAGCGCCAACCUGGAAGGGGUGAACUUGAAGGAUGCAGACCUGGAUGGUAGCCAAAUGGCUGGGGUGAACCUCAGAGUAGCAACUCUCAAGAACGCAAAUCUGCAGAACUGCCACUUGCGCCAAGCCAUUCUAGCUGGUGCUGAUCUCGAGAACUGCAACCUGUCCGGAAGCGACUUGCACGAAGCAAACCUCCGUGGUGCCAACCUCAAGGAUGCAGUCAUGGAGCUGAUGUUAACACCACUGCACAUGGCUCAGGCCAUCUGAUGAUUGAUGUCUGUGUGUGUGUGUGCCCUUGCAAAGCAGUGAUGCAUUUUCCCGGUGGACUUCCUCACUGUGGUGGAUUUAACAGGUGGCCUCUAGAGGCAUUACCCAGUUACCCAGUCUGCUUCAGUUUAUUAGUGAUAUUUUUCCUACUAGAUACCGGCUGCUACAUGUGAUCUUGGUGACCCAAGCUCGUGCGUUACAUUUGUUUGCUUGCAUUGCUUUUUUUCUUUGCUUUUGCAUUGUUGACUAUUAUAAUAGCAAUAACCACAGAAAGUUGGAGGAAGUUUAGUUGUUAAGUACAUUUGUUAUGGACUGGUUUGUGCGACAUCCUUGAGAUGUAGACAAAUCCUGAAUAGUACUAUAUUCACAAGUACUUGCUUAUAUUUUUUUUUAUUAAUAAGUACAAAGUCAGGGGAGUACUUAACCAGCUACAGAUAUUUUACAUAUUACAUGUUAGCAGAAUUAUUUUCAGAGCAAAUAUAUUCAAACGGCUUACAUAAAUUGAUGUGUGUGAAUGGGGAAGUGCAAAAAUGCAACACCAUUUUUAUUUCCUUUUUUUUUUUUAGGAGCACACAAUUCUUCUCUCUUGCUUUUUCUUUGCUUAUUCUGUGGGGGAGCCAGGCACUGCCGACCAGUGGUGGCUUGGUGGCGGCAAAAGAGAAUUGAGCGGGUCUCUUCGGCUGGUAGCGUUUGCCGCAAACGGUUCUCUCUCACAGUGGGACCCCGGUGCACGGCACCGCGGGCCGUCUGCCGGAGGCCCGCGUGGCGAGCCAAGCGUUGGCGACUCCGCCUGCACCUUCUUCCUUUUUGGCCGAUGUCACAGAGGGCAUCCGGUCGUCGGCACACUGGUUUUCUUCACCGUCCCAGUUUCCCUUCCCUGAUGAGACUGCGUUCCCUCACUGAGGGAGGGGAUACCAGUUCCGUGCGCCAGAAAAGGGGGAUCGCGAGCGCUGGCCACGGGGGUGUUCCAUCCCUUUGCAAGGGGCUUUAUUGGCUCUCGAAGGGACAGUCAUGUCCCCACAACUAGGCUGUCGCUCCCGUAAAAGGGAAAGGGAGGCUGGGCACACGUGCUCCCUCACAAUUUUUACAGUGAAGUGUGAACUGCCUUGCAAUUAGAGCUUAGGCAUGCAAGCACUGCACAUUUUCUAGUUACAUCGAUACACAUUUACAUUUGUUGUGCAUUCCAUCCUGAGAACUUGUACACUUGGAUACUGCCAAACUUUUGUUAUUCUCUUGCAUCAUAUUGUAAGCAGCCAGGUAGCUUAUUCCCACAGUAAAAUUUCACUGUAAUAAAUUUAUAGUGUUGCACGUUUCUAGUCCGUACAUUGCCAUAAGUUUCUGACCGGUAUUUACAGCAUGUGUGAACACUCGCCUAAAUACCAUGCACGUGCAGACUAAGAUCAAAUGUAGAGAGGUCGCACAUCGAAAUGUGACAAUUUGGGGUCGAGUACAGUCGAACCCCUUUAAAAGAAACACUGAUAUAAGAGACAAAUUGGUAUAAAAGACACCAGUGUGCCUACAGUAAAAUACGGAUUGGUAAAAAAAAUGCAUAAGUGGUACCCUUAUAAGAAACAUCUCAUAUAAAAGACAAAAAUUGCUGCCUGGAGCGUGCCUCUUAUAAAGGGGUUCAACUGUGGUUUACAUGCUUUCAUUUUUAUCAAGUGCACUUUGUGCUGUAUCGGCAUAAUUUCGACUGGAAACACUUGGAUAAGAGUCAACAUUACAAUAUUUCUAGCAACAUGAUGCAGUUAUCUCGGGCUACUGGGCAUGCGACUCGCAACACUUAACAAGUUUUGACGGCUCAUUUCAAUCCAUAAACACUAUACAUAGUAUACUAUACCCAGUGUCACAAGCCUGGCAUGCCAGCCUCCAAAAUGGUCUUCUUAGCAAACAAAUUGAUAACUAGUCUGUGAACAUGUUAACCUUCAUAACAAUACGGUUACCUAGUACUAAGAUGUCUCUCAAGAUGUGUAUUUUAUUUUUUGCAUAUCUGUGUGCAGUGGUGGUUGCGUGGCAAUAAAGUUUUACUCUAAGAAAUCUA